GGGAGAAGCAGGCUCAAUGCAGGGAGCCUGAUGCAGGACUCAAUCCCGGGACCCCAAGAUCAUGCCCUGGGCCAAAGGCAGGCACUCAACCGCUGAGCCACCCAGGCGUCCCUAUCCCUUACUCUUAGGGUCUCUUGGACUUUCAAAAUGUUGGUGCUGGGCCCUGGGAAUGUUUUCAAUCACUGUAGGCCUUGGGAGGUGCCCGCCCAAGCCUCCGGCCCAGGUUGGGGCCUGGGCAGGAGUCCUUCAGAGGCUGAUCUUUGAGAAGGGGCAGGAAGAGGAGGCAGCUUGCAGUACCCAAGGGGAAGGGUAUGUCUUCAGGGGUCCUGCUCUGACCUAGCCGAGGGACCCUCUCCCCACUUCUGUGGGCUAGGAAAUGCUGUGUGACUGUGGGCAAAAUGCUUAACUUCUCUGAGCCUAAGUGGCUACAGUUUCGCAAAUUCCUGAGCAUCCCUGGGUGAUAGCCUGUGCCAGUCCCAGGGAUACCAGUGACCCACACAGACCAUACCCUUCCUCUUGAAUCCUGUCAGGGGUGGAGUGGGGGUAGAUGGUCCAGACAGUUAAGAGUCAAGGGGCCCCCAAGGAAGUACUCUCUUUACUCAGUCCUUGCAGAGUUGUCCUCCUUCCCUAUCCUUUGAUGUGUCCCCUCUGUGCUGUAGACUAGGCCUCCAUUUCCCUCCUCCCUGCUCUGUUCCCAAAGGCAGACAGGUCUGGGACUUGGAACCUACCAGAGGAAGUGGCCUGUCAGCCUGUCCCCCUGCCAGCUCUGGCCUGCCACCAGCAUCUCCACCCUCUGCUGACAUGGGAACUCCCCUGUCUAGCACCCGGUCUUCUCCCCUCCUCCAACUGAAGAGAGGUUGGGAGCCUGGAGACCCCACCCCAGUAGUCCUGCUCUUCCUUCCACUCCCUACUGGACGAGGAGGAGGAGUGGUCUGCACAGCAGCUCUAGGGAGGAGCCCUCUGGGAGGGAGUUUCCUCUUGAAGCUGCCAAUUGAUUUUUGUGUGUUUGGGGUGUCUUGUGUCCAACUGGGAGUCCAGCUAACCUGCCUUUCCAGCCAGGAGGACAUAGGGCCUGUUGGGAUGGGCCUGGAAUCCGGGACAAUGCUCUCACUAGUCUAAGAGCGCUGUAGCGGCUCCCAGUCCUGUGAUGGGGAGCAUGGCCCCCAAUGACGCAAUGGCAGCGGGCCCCAUGGCACCCGGAUUCUUCCAGGGCCCCCUCGGCUCCCAGCAGCCCCCCCACAACCCCAACGCCCCCAUGAUGGGGCCUCAUGUUCAGCCCUUCAUGUCACCGCGGUUCCCAGGGGGCCCCCGGCCCACCCUGCGGAUGCCGAGUCAGCCUCCUGUGGGCCUCCCUGGCUCCCAGCCCCUCCUCCCUGGCACCAUGGAACCCUCCCCGAGAGCUCAGGGGCAUCCAAGCAUGGGCCCGAUGCAGAGAGUGACACCUCCACGGGGCAUGGCCAGCGUUGGACCCCAGGUGAGGGCUGGGUCCAGGAGAGGAGGUGCACGUCAGGGGCUUCCCCCAACACCUUGGCCUGCACUCACAGCCCUUUUGCUUUUCCAGAGUUAUGGAGGUGGCAUGCGGCCCCCACCCAACUCCCUCGCCGGCCCAGGCCUGCCCACCAUGAACAUGGGCCCUGGAGUGCGAGGCCCGUGGGCUAGCCCCAGUGGAAACUCGAUUCCCUAUUCCUCCUCCUCCCCCGGCAGCUACUCGGGACCCCCAGGAGGAGGUGGGCCCCCUGGAACACCCAUCAUGCCCAGUCCUGGAGACUCUACCAACUCCAGCGAGAACAUGUACACUAUCAUGAACCCCAUUGGCCCGGGUGCCGGCAGGGCUAAUUUCCCGCUCGGUCCUGGUCCAGAGGGCCCCAUGGCGGCCAUGAGUGCGAUGGAGCCUCACCACGUGAAUGGAUCCCUGGGCUCGGGCGAUAUGGACGGGUUGCCGAAGAGCUCCCCCGGCGCCGUGGCCGGCCUGAGCAACGCCCCGGGCACCCCGCGGGACGACGGUGAGAUGGCGGCCGCCGGGACCUUCCUGCACCCGUUCCCGAGCGAAAGCUACUCGCCCGGGAUGACCAUGAGCGUGUGAUGGGGCAGCAGCCCCUUGCCCACUGCCGGCCUCGGCUUCUGCCCAGUGCCCCUGCCUGGGACCAAGGUCCAGGGGCUCGGGCAGUCUGCUGGGUGAGGGUCUGAGGUCACACCUUGGGUGACUGUACUCCAUCCAGUUCAAGGAUUGGACAGCUGGGAGGCCCCGCACGAAGGACUCUCAUUUUAUAAAAAAAAAAAAAAAAAAAAAGACAAAACAAACAAACAAAAAAAAAAACGCAAGGACCUCAGAGACGUUCUUUCCUUAUAGGCCCUACCCGCCAUUUCUAUUUUGUCCCAGGGGGCUCCUUGGGGACCUCCUUCCCCCCUGGAUGGCAGGGGUGGGACCCAUCAAUAAAUGUAACUUGGUUUUGGUUUUUGGUA